GAUCCCAUACGCUCUCUAAUGUUGCAUCGUGCCUGUAUUGCUUACUGUCGUGUCGGUUCAAUUGUAAAGUCAAGAUGGCUUCUCGUUUGAAGGUCCUCAGAGUGUUCAAAGCACUGCACAGAACAAGAAUGGAGUUGUUCAAAGAAGAUACCAGAGCAUUGACAGCUGCAAGACGAAAGAUCAAUGAGGAAUUCAGGAAAAACAAAAAUGAGACUUCGGAGGAAAGCAUCAGUCAGAUGAUUAAAAUGGCCGCUGGUGUGGAAGUGUUUCUUCGUCAAGAUGUCGUACAAGCCGAGCAUGUAGCUGAAGAUAGGAUUCAACUCCGACCUAGAGAGAGCCUUCUUCUGGAAAACGUACCGUACUGCGAUACACCUAGGAAAAGGUCUUCUUCCAACAAUGCACCAAAACAAAGUUGUAACGAUGCACCAAUUACACGAUGUGAAUGACCAACAAUAACAGCUGAAGACUUCAUUUAUCACUCUGGAAGAAUUUAAGUGUAAUUUGAGACAUCAAUUACAGAACAUACCGUAUGUAAUUUUAUGGUGUGUGUGGGGGGGGGGGUGUUUAAGAGUUUGUCAUACAAAUGUGGAAGCUGUAGAUUUGGCUUUGAAAGGUCAAAGGUGAAAUUCAUUGUAAAUUCAAUGCAUAUUAUUUUGUUUGCUGCUAUAUAUGUUGAUUUCUUGUUGAAUGAAUGAAUGACUGUUAUGCCAUAACUGAGUUGUGUUGUAUGACUGAGAACAGUACCAGAUUUUGUAUCGUAAUACUCGAUACCAAAAAGAUACAAAGGGAAAAACAGAAGGUGUAUUAGCCAUUAGUCACGGAAUGGCACUUGAUCCAGACAAAUCUUUUGAGUUCAGUAUCAUUACAUUUGAAUUGUUAUAUAUUUUUUAUGUAUACAUUAAUUAAUCAACUACACUCAUACAAACAAUGUGACUUUUUUUUUGCAAUCUAACUACAUAACAAUGUAUUUGAGUGGUCAAUCUAGUCUUUUGAUAAUCUGGGUAAAUCAAAAUGUAGGCUAGGCUUAUUUACAAUAUAGAUGAAUGCAUAUUCAAUAGAAGUGUGUGCAUGCAUAUAGUUAUUGAGCUUGUUUUGGCUGAUUUCAUGGAAAACAAUCGGUUUCCCUUCAAUUUGGGACUCGUUUUAUUGUACUGAUCAACAUUGUAUAGAAGAAGAAACAUCUAAUUUUAUAAAAGUGCACGCGCUAAAACCAUUUUAGAUAAUUCCAUUGGACGUUAAGUGAAUUCUCCACUCACCCGGGGCACCGUGCCAUGAAAAAAGGAACUCCACACCUCAGGUUCGGGGAUCGAGCAAAGAUGAUCUUAACUGGGAGAGACGUGACAAAUAAUGAUUCGGAUGACUAUAGGCUUUGAAGUCAGCUAUAUUUUGUGUUAUGGUUUGCAAGCAAGGUGCGAAUUACACCUUGAUAUCUUGACGAACAUUUUUUACGGGCCUGGAAAUGAAUUAUCUUUUGAUGUGGCAUGAAUAGUUCCAGUUCACGUACCAGUUAUCAAUAUGUAUGCUGGAUAUGCAGACGAAGCUUUGAACCAAGAGCGCUAGUUUACAUCAUCAAACUAAUGGACAUUGUUGCCGUGUUUGCAUUAUUCAAGCGUGUUAACGUCUGUACACGUCUGUGAUCCUCUCAAUCAGUAGAUGACGCCUGUGACCACAGGUUAUGCUGCUUGCAUGAUAAGUGGGAAACUCGGCAAAUACUUGUAAACUGGAAGAAAAGAGUUCACGUGUUUUGAACUCGUUGAUAACGCAGAUGAGUUCAUGGCAAACAAGCUGCAACAACCAUCAAAUACAAGUACAGAUAUCAUCCUCGUAAACAAAUGAAUAUAUUGUAUUUUA